AUGCCCACCCCCCCGCGCCCCAUCCUCCCCGCCCCGCCCCGCCCGCUCUACACGCUCCACCCCGCGCACCCCAAACCGCCCUUCACGCCCACGCGCACAACCCCCGGCAAGGCCUGCCCCACCUGCAAACUCUUCUACAGCACCGACGUGUUCCCCCUGCACCCUCUCGGCGCCCGCUGCCCGUGGUGCCGCGGGCUGCGCGCCCAGCGCUGCGGGCGCUGCGGCGUGUUCAAGCUGCGGCAGUGCUACGAUACGGGGUGGGGCGAGGGCGUGUGUGUGGACUGCUGGCCGUGGGAGGGUGCAGGUGGGGAGAAGGGGGGGACACAGAGGUGGGAAGUGGAGUUGGAGGUGGGGUUGGGGUUGGGGUUGGAGGUGGGGGGACAGGUUAUAGGUGGGUCUUGUGAGCUGAUGGGGAAAGUUCUGCGGCAGGCUGUGACGAGGAGGGUUACCAUGAGGGUGACCAGCAGAGCUAGUAAAGUCGGAAUCCAACUCGCCCGCGAAACCAACAUCGUCCCCGCCUCCCCCUCCAACCAUGGCCUACACAUCUUCGUCGGCGAAACAAUCUCCUGCGUCGACACGACCGAGGACGACGUGUGGUUCCGGUCCCGCGACCCGCCGUCGCUCGUGAUUGUCAUCACGAUCAUGAAGCUGCGCUACCCGCUGCUCGAGGACCAUCAUAUCCGUGGCGUCUUUCUGCAGCAGGAGGGCAGGGAGCAUUUGGUGUGCUCUGUGGCCGAGGGCGGGGAGAUUGCCUGGCAAGUCAUGAUUGAUCAGAUGUUGAGGUGUGCGCCGAGCUGUAGGGUGAGGGUGCAGACGCUGGUGGAGGGGUUGAGCUAUAAGGCGACUAUUACUAUGUGUGAAAAGUAG